AAAAAAAGAAGAAAGAGACAAAUUCCUUAUUCGAAAUUCUUUAUCAUAAUUCUCUCAUUCCUCUCUGGAAAAUUGAUUGAAAUAAUUCAGGGAUUAGAAAGUAAUAAGUGAUGAAUAUCCGGUCAAUUUUUUUGUUUUUAACUUUUCAUCUAUAUGAGGUAACAUAAAUAAAAUAAAAAUUUACGUAUUAAAAAAACCCGGACAAUUAAAAAAUAUUUUAAAUUGUUUAUUCAUUUUUUUUUUAUUCCGCCGGAAAUUUAAAUAUAAAAUAAAAUAAUACAAACCCCUUAUACCUUAUGUAAUUACAACAAAAGAAAUGUCGCACGAUUGUGUCACAAAAAAUAUGUAUGUAUUAAGAAAAUAAAAUUCAAUAUUUAACAAAUUUUAACGUAUAUAUAUUAUAGAUAAAAUAAUUUUUUUCUUAAUUCUUUGCAACGAUUAAUUAAAAUUUUUUAUUUAAAAAUAACCUAUAGCGCGAUACCCUUGAUUCUGUUAAAAUUCUGGAGAAAAGAGGGAAAAAAAAUUAUAUAUUUUGUAUAUAAAAGAAAAAAAAAUUAUGAAUCCAAGAUCCAGUUUAGGAAUAUUCGUUAUAUCAUUGAUCAUUCUUUUCUUAUCGCUUACAAAAUCCAUUAUCUGCAAGGAUAAAAAAUUCACAAAUCCGAAAACCGAUAAAAUUCUUUUACGCAACUUGGAUGUAAACCGCAUUGAAAUCGGCAAAUGUCGCUCUCAUUGUUUGAAUCAGCUUUCUACUAGCAUUGGCAACGACUCACAUCAUGACAAUAUGAUGAUGUGCUGGGAUUUUUGUGAAAUGUUAUAUAUUCAACCAAUAUGGAAAAACGUUUGCAUAGAAUCAUCUAUUUGUUUUUCUGGUUGCCACACAUCUUGUGAUUUCGUAUCAAAACACACUAAAUUAAAUCCGUUAAAAUUUAUCGAUGGACGGAAUUAUAAAAAUGGCGCGUUAAAAAUUGAAUUCGAAUCUAAGAAAUAUUCUCACAAUAAUUCGCAGUGCCUUCAUUGGAAUCUUAUAGAGGAAUCAGCAAAAUCCAUAGUGUACAUCGUGUUUCGGAAAAAUUUCCGGAAAUGGGAAGAAGUAGAACAGACAACUUUAAAUGAGUAUUGCGAAAAGGGAGACACAAAGGACACGAAUCCCAAGUACUUAGUUGUAGCGGUAACAGAGACCGAUAUAUUAGCCUUGGAUAUCAAUCGUUAUAAAUUCGAUGAAACGUCAUUAUCUAACGUGAUCGAAAAUGAUGACAACCAUUAUAUCUCAAAAUUGAUAGAUGACAGCUUAAAGAUCGAGAUAUCUACUAAACGUAAGAGAAGUGCGCCUAGAAGAUACGAGAACACAUUACCGAACACCGAUAUCAAUAUAAAAUGCCUAAAAAGAAAUAUAAUAAUGGAGACAUUCGUUAUCGUGUUUUUAACGAUGUCGCUGAUCAUUGUAACUUUCUAUAUUUGGGUAUUGGUAAGGCACAAAGAACCGAACGUUAAUGUUAUAAUUUCUCAACCUCCAGUCAAUUUUAAAAACGGAUUGAACGAAUCUACGAAAGAACAUAUUACGAACGCCCGCAAAUUUGUCAAACUAACUCAUAUUUUAACGCUGAAUCUUAUUGACAAGAUGUCGCUCAAAAAUUAUGUUAGCAGGUUACGAACUUCUAAAUCGACAAAACCUUUUUACGUUUAAAAAUAGAAAGAAAACAAUAUUACACGCGUAAAAUUUUAGGUUUAUGAUAUCCCUAAAAAAAAUCAGUCAUUUUUUAAUUUGAAAGUUGAAAAAGCGAUUAGAGCUGUAAUUCCUAAACUUCAUCCGACAAACAAAUUAAUCCCCCACCAUGCACUUCACGUCAAGACAAAUCCCAAAUGAUCUUACUUAUAAAAACAUUUUUAAUUUAUUCGCCAUUUUUUAAUGAAUGGGGUUUUAGCGCGAAACAAAAUGAUGUCGUUUAUUUUUGAUAAAUUAUAAUUUGUUAUUUAUUUAUAAAUAUAUAUUAUUUACCAAUAAAUUAUUCACAACAACAAAUAA